AAGAAGGCCCCGCCCCGGCUAAUGUAGCUUGUUAGCGCGGCAAUUAGCCUCCUUUGUCCGCCCAAACACAGCCAACCCCGCCUCUAUGUCGUAAAUUGGACCCUCUUAAUGGCGUUCAACGGCCACCAGUGCGACGAUGGCACCGACGAACAGGACGAGACGCCAGCUAAGCGGCUGCGCUCCGACGACGGAGCCGCGCCCGGCCGCCUCCGAAGCGACGCCGGCGGACGCGCCUCCUCCUCCGGCUACGUCUCCCACGCGACGCCGAGGCUUCAGAGCGACGCGGUGAAGAAGAGCAGGCCACCCUUCCCCUGGUUCGGCAUGGACAUCGGCGGCACGCUGGUCAAGCUGGUCUACUUUGAGCCCAAAGACAUCACGGCGGAGGAGGAGCAGGAGGAGGUGGCCAACCUGAAGAGCAUCCGCCGCUACCUGACCUCCAACACGGCGUACGGCACCACGGGGAUCAGGGACGUGCACCUGGAGCUGCAGGAACUGACGCUCUGCGGCCGCACGGGAAACCUCCACUUCAUCCGCUUCCCCACGCAGGACCUGCCCGCCUUCCUGCAGAUGGGCCGCAACAAGCACUUCUCCAGCCUGCACACCAGCCUCUGCGCCACCGGCGGGGGAGCGUACAAGUUCGAGUCCGACUUUCGCACGAUGGCCGACCUGCAACUCAGCAAGCUGGACGAGCUGGACUGUCUGAUCCGCGGCGUGCUCUACAUCGACUCGGUGGUGUCCAGCGGCCCGUCCGAGUGCUACUACUUCGAGAACCCCGCCGAGCCCGACGGCUGCGUCCAGAGACCCUACACCCUGGAGAACCCCUACCCCCUGCUGCUGGUCAACAUCGGCUCCGGCGUCAGCAUCCUGGCCGUCUACUCCGAGAGCGACUACAAGCGUGUCACCGGGACCAGCCUGGGAGGAGGAACCUUCUUGGGUCUGUGCUGCCUCUUGACGGGAUGCUCCACAUUUGAGGAGGCUCUGCAAAUGGCGUCGCAGGGAGAAAGCACCCGCGUGGACAAGCUCGUGCGCGACAUCUACGGGGGAGACUACGAGCGCUUCGGACUGCCGGGAUGGGCGGUGGCCUCCAGUUUCGGCAACAUGAUGUCCAAAGACAAGCGGGAGUCCGUGUCCAAGGCGGACCUGGCCCGGGCGACGCUGGUCACCAUCACCAACAACAUCGGCUCCAUCACCAGGAUGUGCGCGCUCAACGAGAACAUCGAGCGCGUGGUGUUUGUGGGGAACUUCCUGAGAGUCAACACGCUCUCCAUGAAGCUGCUGGCCUACGCCAUGGACUACUGGUCCAAAGGUCAACUCAAGGCUCUCUUCCUGCGCCACGAGGGUUACUUUGGAGCCGUGGGAGCACUCCUGGAGCUGCUGCAUCCGUCCUGAGGCUUCUGGAAGGAGGUCCUCCACCCAGCACUUUAUACUCUAUACGGUCCACAGUCAUCAGGGGGAAAGGUGACCCAGGUCCCGCUUCCCGGCAGGGGUGUCCUAACGAUCCCCCGCCAGGACCACCGGGUCCAGAGAAAUGACCGAGGUCCACCUUGAUACGAUUCGUAGAUUAAAGAUGCUGAAAGGUGAAAAUAUGCUAAGUUAUUACAGGCGGCAAAAUGCGCUGAUCAUUCAUUAUUUAGCAAAUAUCCCCAAAAUUGUCUCACUCGUUAAUGCUGCACAAUUAUUAUUAAGGUUUAUUUGAAAUAGGGACGGAUACAAAAAACAUAGACAUCGGAAAGUUAUCCAAUGUCUGCUUUAUAGUGUUUGUACUCGCCAAAACUCAUUUACAACACUCGUCCCCAACAACAACAACACAGAUCCAACAUCAUUAAAAAAGGAAAAUAAAAAAAAUAAGGCAAAAAUGAGUCGAUAAUAAUGAUAAUACAGACAAAGUGCAAACUAGAUAAAAGCCAACAAUAAUAAUAACACAAAGCGCAGACUAGAUAAAGACCAAUUAGUAAAAACUAAACAUGGGAACACGAUUGCUGUUCAACUAGCCGCAAUUUUGUUUGUUUAUGGUUUUAUAUCAACAUGUUAUUAAGCAUAACUACUAUGUCAACAUCUCCCCAAAACGGUCCUAUACGUUUGUGCUGCAAAAAAAAAACAACUAUCAAGUUUUAAUAAUGAUAAUAAUAAUAAUUAGAGCUGCAAGCAGCGUUGGUCGGGUCCACCUUUGGCUGCUGCCCCCGAGACCCACGGCCGGAUAAGCGUUAGAAGACGCCUUGGAGCCACUAUUUUGAGAAUCUAAUGCAUUGUGAAAGUAAUGCAGUUGUUGUAUCGAAGUGAAAAUAUCAAACUUCCUGUUGAUUUUUGCUAAAGUAUGUUAAUUAUUAAAAUGUAGGUCUAAGUGAGACCUACAUAGUGUUUUUUGUUUCAUGUCUCUGACAUUCCUACCGGAAGUUACAAGCAGUUUUGUCUGUGUUUUCUCCCUAGGAGCAGUUUGUCCGUGUUGUAUUCCUAGGGGGGCGGUAGAGCGCAAUUUUGAGUUUUGAGGUUAGGUUUUUUCAUCAGAUCGCAAUUUUUGCCAGACCUGAUGUGUGUCAAGUUUGGUGAGUUUAGAAGCAUUUUAAGGGGGUCAAAUAACAGCUCAAAGAGGCAAAAAGGACAUUUUUUUGGAGACUUUGCACAGGGGUUCUUUGAAGGCGCGUAAAAUCAAAACCUGAGAACUUAUCAAAACUCUGUUCUAUACUUUUAAUCACAGGAGUUCAAUCUCUCUCCUGUGCGAGUUUGAAGCCAAAACAACAAACGCACUCAGAGGAGAUACUGUUUGAAGAAAAGUGACCGGUUUUUACAAAACUUUUGUUUUGAAGGGGGGAUUGCAAACUUCCUGUUGAUUUUUGUUGGGGGUUGUCAAUCUAUGAAAUGUAGGUCUAAGCGAGACCUACAUAGAGGUUUUUGUUUCAUGUCUCUCCGACAUUCUUACCGGAAGUUACAAGCAGUUUUGUCUGUGUUUUCUUCCUAGGAGCCGUUUUUUCUGUGUUUUAUUCAAAAAUAGCGCUAGAGCGCAAUUUUGAGUUUUGGGGUUUGGUUUUUCCGUUAGAUCGCAAUAUUCGCCAGUCCUGAUGUGUGCGCCAAGUUUGGUGACUUUUGAAGCAUUUUAAAGGCGUCAAAUUACAGCGCAAAGCAAAAAAUUUAUUUUGAAGGGGUUCUUGCCAACUUCCUGUAGAUUUUUGCUGAAAGAAGUGAGUGUAUGAAAAUUGGGUCUAAGUCAGACCUACAUAGGAGUUUUUGUUUCAUGUCGCUGUGACAUUCCUAACAGAAGUUACAUGCAGUUUUGUCUGUAAUUUUUUCCUAGGGGGCGCUAGAGCGCAAUUUUCAUUUUGGGGGAUUGGUUGCUCAAUAUGUUGGGAAGGUUUGCUAUACCGACGUGUGUGUCAAAUUUGGUGAGUUUUGAAGCAUGUUAAGGGGGUCAAAUUACAGCGCGUAGGUGCGGAAUAAUAACAAAACACAGUUUCAAUAGGGUCCUUGGCCCAUGGCAAAGGACUCCUAUGGAGUCCUUUGCCAUGGGCCAAGGACCCUAACUAGAGCAGCUUAAUAGCUAGAACUAGUAUGCAUAUAUCUUUAAAAAAAAGUUUUUUUUAAAAAGAAGGGUUUUUAACCCUUUUUUCAAAAGCAUCCACUGUGGUGCCCUCAGGUGGUCAGGGAGCGUGUCCACAAACUGUUAAAUUUGGAUUCAUACUCGACACAGAAAGAUCCCGAGCCCUGGAUUGAACUCAGGACUACUCAGGAACUUUGUUUUGUGCGGCACAAGCACUAACCCCUGUUUCACCGUAUCUGCACUGUAUUAAAAAAAAAAAGAGAAUAAAAAUAAAAUCUAGAGCAGCCUAAUAGCUAUCAUAUCUAAAAAAAAAUGCUUUUUUAAAAAGAAGGGUUUUUAACCCUUUUUUAAAACCAUCCGCAGUCUGUGGUGCCCUCAGGUGGUCAGGGAGCGCGUUCCACAAACUGUUACAUUUGUAUUCAUAACAAGCUCCAUAAAACAUUUAAUAACCUAAAAACUAUAAUAGUUUGACCAAAAAUGUUGGCGGCACAAAGUUAUGAUUGCUACCACAAUAAUUACACAGUAAUACCGUAAAAUAGUACCUUAAAAAAAGUAAAAGCACAAAAGGAAACAUUUUUACUUAAAACUAUAACAGUUUGACCAAAAAUGUUUGCGGCACAAAGUUAUGAUUGCUUACCACAAUAAUUACACAAUAAUACUGUAAAAUAGUAACUUAAAAAAAGUAAAAGCACAAGGAAAAAUUUUGCGGCACAAACGAAUGGGAUAAGAAGAUUUAAAAAACGUUAACUUAAAAACCGUAACGGCAAAAAAUAAGGUUUUUCCAGCACAAAUUAAUAGGACAAGUUGGGCAGGUAUUGGCUAAGUAGGUGUCUAUUUAUGUUUAAUAGCAGGUGGCGACUUGUCCAGGGUUUAAACCCGCCUUCUGCCCGAUUGUAGCUGAGAUAGGCACGAGCGACCCCAACGGGAAUAAGCGGUAGGAAAUGGAUGGAUGGACCACAUUAAUACCAUAAAACGUCAACUUAAAAACCGUAAAAGCGCAAAUGAAAAUUUUUGCAGCACAAACGAAUGGGAUAGGAAAAUUUUGACAUAGGGUCUAAUCAUGCUAAUAACACGUUAACAUAAAAUGUUGACUUGAAACCCAUAAAAGCGCAAAUUAAAAUUUUUGAAGCACAAACAAAUGGAAUAGGAAAAUGUUGACAUAGGGUCUAGUCAUGCUAAUAACAGGUUGACAUAAAAUGUUGACUUAAAACCCAUAAAAGCGCAAAUUAAAAUUUUUGAAGCACAAACAAAUGGGGUACAAAAAUUUUGACAUAGGGUCUAGUCAUGCUAAUAACACUUUAACAUAAAAUGUUGACUUAAAACCCAUAAAAGCGCAAAUUAAAAUUUUUUUAGCACAAACGAAUGCGGUAGGAACAUUUUGACAUAGGGUCUAGUCAUGCUAAUAACAGGUUGACAUAAAAUGUUGACUUAAAACCCAUAAAAGCGCAAAUUAAAAUUUUUGAAGCACAAACAAAUGGGGUACAAAAAUUUUGACAUAGGGUCUAGUCAUGCUAAUAACACUUUAACAUAAAAUGUUGACUUAAAACCCAUAAAAGCGCAAAUUAAAAUUUUUGUAGCACAAACGAAUGCGGUAGGAACAUUUUGACAUAGGGUCUAGUCAUGCUAAUAACACGUCCGCAUAAAAUUUUGACUGAAAAGCAUAAAUGGAAAUUUUUGUAGCACAAACGAAUGGGAUACAAAAAUUUUGACAUGGGGUCUAGUCAUGCUAAUAACACGUUGACAUAAAAUGUUGACUUAAAACCCAUAAAAGCGCAAAUUAAAAUUUUUGAAGCACAAACAAAUGGGCUACAAAAAAUUUGACAUGGGGUCUAAUCAUGCUAAUCACACGUUAACAUAAAAUGUUGACUUAAAACCCAUAAAAGUGCAAAUGAAAAUUUUUGUUGCACAAACGAAUGGGGUAGAAAAAUGUUGACAUAGGUUCUAGUCAUGCUAAUAAAACGUUAACUUAAAAACGGUAAAAGCGAAAAUGAAAAUUUUUGCAGCACGAACGAAUGGGAUAGGAAAAUUUUGACAUAGGGUCUAGUCAUGCUAAUAACACGUUAACAUAAAAUGUUGACUUAAAACCCAUAAAAGCGCAAAUUAAAAUUUUUGAAGCACAAACAAAUGGGAUACAAACAUUUUGACAUAGGGUCUAGUCAUGCUAAUAACACGUCAACAUAACAUUUUGACUUAAAACCCAUAAAAGCGCAAAUUAAAAUCUUUGCAGCACAAAUUAAUGGGAUAGGAAAAUUUUGACAUAGGGUCUAAUCAUGCUAAUAACACGUUAACAUAAAAGGUUGACUUAAAACCCAUAAAAGUGCAAAUGAAAAUUUUUGUUGCACAAACGAAUGGGGUAGAAAAAUUUUGACAUAGGGUCUAGUCAUGCUAAUAAAACGUUAACUUAAAAACGGUAAAAGCGAAAAUGAAAAUUUUUGCAGCACAAACGAAUGGGACAGGAAAAUUUUGAUAUAGGGUCUAGUCAUGCUAAUAACACGUUAACAUAAAAUGUUGACUUAAAACCCAUAAAAGCGCAAAUUAAAAUUUUUGAAGCACAAACAAAUGGGGUACAAAAAUUUUGACAUAGGGUCUAGUCCUGCUAAUAUAACACGUUAACAUAACAUUUUGACUUAAAACCCAUAAAAGCGCAAAUUUAAAUUUUUGAAGCACAAACAAAUGGGAUACAACAAUUUUGACAUAGGGUCUAGUCAUGCUAAUAAAACGUUAACUUAAAAACCGUAAAAGCGCAAAUUAAAAUUUUUGAAGCACAAACAAAUGGGGUAGAAAAAUUUUGACAUAGGGUCUAGUCAUGCUAAUAAAACGUUAACUUAAAAACCGUAAAAGCGCAAAUUAAAACUUUUGCAGCACAAACGAAUGGGAUAGGAACAUUUUGACAUAGGGUCUAGUCAUGCUAAUAACACGUUAACAUAAAAACCGUAAAAGCGCAAAUGAAAAUUUUUGCAGCACAAACAAAUGGGAUACAAAAAUUUUGACAUAGGGUCUAGUCAUGCUAAUAACACGUUAACAUAAAAUUUUGACUUAAAACCCAUAAAAGCGCAAAUUAAAAUCUUUGCAGCACAAAUGAAUGGGAUUGGAAAAUUUUGACAUAGGGUCUAAUCAUGCUAAUAACACGUUAACAUAAAAUGUUGACUUGAAACCCAUAAAAGCGCAAAUUAAAAUUUUUGAAGCACAAACAAAUGGAAUAGGAAAAUUUUGACAUAGGGUCGAGUCAUGCUAAUAACAGGUUGACAUAAAAUGUUGACUUAAAACCCAUAAAAGCGCAAAUUAAAAUUUUUGAAGCACAAACAAAUGGAAUAGGAACAUUUUGACAUAGGGUCUAGUCAUGCUAAUAACAGGUUGACAUAAAAUGUUGACUUAAAACCCAUAAAAGCGCAAAUUAAAAUUUUUGAAGCACAAACAAAUGGGGUACAAAAAUUUUGACAUAGGGUCUAGUCAUGCUAAUAACACUUUAACAUAAAAUGUUGACUUAAAACCCAUAAAAGCGCAAAUUAAAAUUUUUGUAGCACAAACGAAUGCGGUAGGAACAUUUUGACAUAGGGUCUAGUCAUGCUAAUAACACGUCCACAUAAAAUUUUGACUGAAAAGCAUAAAUGGAAAUUUUUGUAGCACAAACGAAUGGGAUACAAAAAUUUUGACAUGGGGUCUAGUCAUGCUAAUAACACGUUGACAUAAAAUGUUGACUUAAAACCCAUAAAAGCGCAAAUUAAAAUUUUUGAAGCACAAACAAAUGGGGUACAAAAAAUUUGACAUGGGGUCUAAUCAUGCUAAUAACACGUUAACAUAAAAUGUUGACUUAAAACCCAUAAAAGUGCAAAUGAAAAUUUUUGUUGCACAAACGAAUGGGGUAGAAAAAUGUUGACAUAGGUUCUAGUCAUGCUAAUAAAACGUUAACUUAAAAACGGUAAAAGCGAAAAUGAAAAUUUUUGCAGCACGAACGAAUGGGAUAGGAAAAUUUUGACAUAGGGUCUAGUCAUGCUAAUAACACGCUAACAUAAAAUGUUGACUUAAAACCCAUAAAAGCGCAAAUUAAAAUUUUUGAAGCACAAACAAAUGGGAUACAAACAUUUUGACAUAGGGUCUAGUCCUGCUAAUAACACGUUAACAUAACAUUUUGACUUAAAACCCAUAAAAGCACAAAUUUAAAUUUUUGAAGCACAAACAAAUGGGAUACAACAAUUUUGACAUAGGGUCUAGUCAUGCUAAUAACACGUUAACAUAAAAUUUUGACUUAAAACCCAUAAAAGCGCAAAUUAAAAUCUUUGCAGCACAAAUGAAUGGGAUUGGAACAUUUUGACAUAGGGUCUAAUCAUGCUAAUAACACGUUAACAUAAAAUGUUGACUUAAAACCCAUAAAAGUGCAAAUGAAAAUUUUUGUUGCACAAACGAAUGGGGUAGAAAAAUUUUGACAUAGGGUCUAGUCAUGCUAAUAAAACGUUAACUUAAAAACGGUAAAAGCGAAAAUGAAAAUUUUUGCAGCACAAACGAAUGGGACAGGAAAAUUUUGACAUAGGGUCUAGUCAUGCUAAUAACACGUUAACAUAAAAUGUUGACUUAAAACCCAUAAAAGCGCAAAUUAAAAUUUUUGAAGCACAAACAAAUGGGAUACAAAAAUUUUGACAUAGGGUCUAGUCCUGCUAAUAUAACACGUUAACAUAACAUUUUGACUUAAAACCCAUAAAAGCGCAAAUUUAAAUUUUUGAAGCACAAACAAAUGGGAUACAACAAUUUUGACAUAGGGUCUAGUCAUGCUAAUAAAACGUUAACUUAAAAACCGUAAAAGCGCAAAUUAAAACUUUUGCAGCACAAACGAAUGGGAUAGGAAAAUUUUGACAUAGGGUCUAGUCAUGCUAAUAACACGUUAACUUAAAAACCGUAAAAGCGCAAAUUAAAAUUUUUGCAGCACAAACGAAUGGGAUAGGAAAAUUUUGACAUAGGGUCUAGUCAUGCUAAUAACACGUUAACAUAAAAUGUUGACUUAAAACCCAUAAAAGCGCAAAUUAAAAUUUUUGAAGCACAAACAAAUGGGAUACAAACAUUUUGACAUAGGGUCUAGUCCUGCUAAUAACACGUUAACAUAACAUUUUGACUUAAAACCCAUAAAAGCACAAAUUUAAAUUUUUGAAGCACAAACAAAUGGGAUACAACAAUUUUGACAUAGGGUCUAGUCAUGCUAAUAAAACGUUAACUUAAAAACCGUAAAAGCGCAAAUUAAAACUUUUGCAGCACAAACGAAUGGGAUAGGAACAUUUUGACAUAGGGUCUAGUCAUGCUAAUAACACGUUAACAUAAAAACCGUAAAAGCGCAAAUGAAAAUUUUUGCAGCACAAACAAAUGGGAUACAAAAAUUUUGACAUAGGGUCUAGUCAUGCUAAUAACACGUUAACAUAAAAUUUUGACUUAAAACCCAUAAAAGCGCAAAUUAAAAUCUUUGCAGCACAAAUGAAUGGGAUUGGAAAAUUUUGACAUAGGGUCUAAUCAUGCUAAUAACACGUUAACAUAAAAUGUUGACUUGAAACCCAUAAAAGCGCAAAUUAAAAUUUUUGAAGCACAAACAAAUGGAAUAGGAAAAUUUUGACAUAGGGUCGAGUCAUGCUAAUAACAGGUUGACAUAAAAUGUUGACUUAAAACCCAUAAAAGCGCAAAUUAAAAUUUUUGAAGCACAAACAAAUGGGGUACAAAAAUUUUGACAUAGGGUCUAGUCAUGCUAAUAACACUUUAACAUAAAAUGUUGACUUAAAACCCAUAAAAGCGCAAAUUAAAAUUUUUGUAGCACAAACGAAUGCGGUAGGAACAUUUUGACAUAGGGUCUAGUCAUGCUAAUAACACGUCCACAUAAAAUUUUGACUGAAAAGCAUAAAUGGAAAUUUUUGUAGCACAAACGAAUGGGAUACAAAAAUUUUGACAUGGGGUCUAGUCAUGCUAAUAACACGUUGACAUAAAAUGUUGACUUAAAACCCAUAAAAGCGCAAAUUAAAAUUUUUGAAGCACAAACAAAUGGGGUACAAAAAAUUUGACAUGGGGUCUAAUCAUGCUAAUAACACGUUAACAUAAAAUGUUGACUUAAAACCCAUAAAAGUGCAAAUGAAAAUUUUUGUUGCACAAACGAAUGGGGUAGAAAAAUGUUGACAUAGGGUCUAGUCAUGCUAAUAACACGUUAACAUAAAAACCGUAAAAGCGCAAAUGAAAAUUUUUGCAGCACAAACAAAUGGGAUACAAAAAUUUUGACAUAGGGUCUAGUCAUGCUAAUAACACGUUAACAUAAAAAUUUUGACUUAAAACCCAUAAAAGCGCAAAUUAAAAUAUUUGUAGCACAAACUAAUGCGGUAGGAAAAUUUUGACAUAGGGUCUAAUCAUGCUAAUAACACGUCAACAUAAAAUGUUGACUUAAAACCCAUAAAAGUGCAAAUGAAAAUUUUUGUUGCACAAACGAAUGGGGUAGAAAAAUUUUGACAUAGGGUCUAGUCAUGCUAAUAAAACGUUAACUUAAAAACGGUAAAAGCGAAAAUGAAAAUUUUUGCAGCACGAACGAAUGGGAUAGGAAAAUUUUGACAUAGGGUCUAGUCAUGCUAAUAACACGUUAACAUAAAAUGUUGACUUAAAACCCAUAAAAGCGCAAAUUUAAAUUUUUGUAGCACAAACGAAUGGGAUAGGAACAUUUUGACAUAGGGUCUAAUCAUGCUAAUAAAACGUUAACUUAAAAACCGUAAAAGCGCAAAUUAAAAUUUUUGCAGCACAAAUGAAUGGGAUAGGAACAUUUUGACAUAGGGUCUAAUCAUGCUAAUAACACGUUAACAUAAAAUUUUGACUUAAAACCCAUAAAAGCGCAAAUUAAAAUCUUUGCAGCACAAAUGAAUGGGAUAGGAACAUUUUGACAUAGGGUCUAAUCAUGCUAAUAACACGUUAACAUAAAAUGUUGACUUAAAACCCAUAAAAGUGCAAAUGAAAAUUUUUGUUGCACAAACGAAUGGGGUAGAAAAAUUUUGACAUAGGGUCUAGUCAUGCUAAUAAAACGUUAACUUAAAAACCGUAAAAGCGCAAAUUAAAAUUUUUGCAGCACAAACGAAUGGGAUAGGAACAUUUUGACAUAGGGUCUAGUCAUGCUAAUAACACGUUAACAUAAAAACCGUAAAAGCGGAAAUGAAAAUUUUUGCAGCACAAACAAAUGGGAUACAAAAAUUUUGACAUAGGGUCUAGUCAUGCUAAUAACACGUUAACAUAAAAUUUUGACUUAAAACCCAUAAAAGCGCAAAUUAAAAUCUUUGCAGCACAAAUGAAUGGGAUAGGAAAAUUUCGACAUAGGGUCUAAUCAUGCUAAUAACACGUUAACAUAAAAUGUUGACUUAAAACCCAUAAAAGUGCAAAUGAAAAUUUUUGUUGCACAAACGAAUGGGGUAGAAAAAUUUUGACAUAGGGUCUAGUCAUGCUAAUAAAACGUUAACUUAAAAACCGUAAAAGCGCAAAUUAAAAUUUUUGAAGCACAAACAAAUGGGGUAGAACAUUUUUGACAUAGGGUCUAGUCAUGCUAAUAAAACGUUAACUUAAAAACCGUAAAAGCGGAAAUGAAAAUUUUUGCAGCACAAACAAAUGGGAUACAAAAAUUUUGACAUAGGGUCUAGUCAUGCUAAUAACACGUUAACAUAAAAUUUUGACUUAAAACCCAUAAAAGCGCAAAUUAAAAUCUUUGCAGCACAAAUGAAUGGGAUAGGAAAAUUUCGACAUAGGGUCUAAUCAUGCUAAUAACACGUCAACAUAAAAUGUUGACUUAAAACCCAUAAAAGUGCAAAUGAAAAUUUUUGUUGCACAAACGAAUGGGGUAGAAAAAUUUUGACAUAGGGUUUAGUCAAGCUAAUAAAACGUUAACUUAAAAACAGUAAAAGCGAAAAUGAAAAUUUUUGCAGCACAAACGAAUGGGAUAGGAAAAUUUUGACAUAAGGUCUAGUCAUGCUAAUAACACGUUAACAUAAAAUGUUGACUUAAAACCCAAAAAAGCGCAAAUUAAAAUUUUUGAAGCACAAACAAAUGGGAUACAAAAAUUUUGACAUAGGGUCUAGUCCUGCUAAUAUAACACGUUAACAUAACAUUUUGACUUAAAACCCAUAAAAGCGCAAUUUUAAAUUUUUGAAGCACAAACAAAUGGGAUACAACAAUUUUGACAUAGGGUCUAGUCAUGCUGCUAAAACGUUAACUUAAAAACCGUAAAAGCGCAAAUUAAAAUUUUUGAAGCACAAACAAAUGGGGUAGAAAAAUUUUGACAUAGGGUCUAGUCAUGCUAAUAACACGUUAACAUAAAAACCGUAAAAGCGCAAAUGAAAAUUUUUGCAGCACAAACAAAUGGGAUACAAAAAUUUUGACAUAGGUUCUAGUCAUGCUAAUAACACGUUAACAUAAAAUUUUGACUUAAAACCCAUAAGAGCGCAAAUUAAAAUAUUUGUAGCACAAACUAAUGCGGUAGGAAAAUUUUGACAUAGGGUCUAGUCAUGCUAAUAACACGUUAACAUAAAAAUUUUGACUUAAAACCCAUAAAAGCGCAAAUUUAAAUAUUUGUAGCACAAACUAAUGCGGUAGGAAAAUUUUGACAUAGGGUCUAGUCAUGCUAAUAACACGUUAGCACAAAACGUUAACUUAAAACCCGUAAAAGCGCAAAUGAAAAUUUUUCCAGCACAAAUGAAUAGGACAAGUUUGGGGAGAUUUUGACAUAGUUCUGGUCGAUUUAUGAUUAAUAACACGUUGAUAACUUAAAACCUAGAAUAGUUAGACCAGGACCAGGACAAGUUUGCGUGGCCAACUGGACCCCAGGACACACUGGACCCACCUGGUCUGGUCUUUGAUUGACAACAGUCAUCACCAUCAAGUGUAGCAAACAAAGGUCAGCCAUGACACUUCUUCCUCCUCCCAAAUAAGACCAAGGACACAGAACAGGAUCCGCCAAAAGGAGUCCACCAGACACUGGAUGCGUCUUCUCACAUGGUUUUAUCUUACUGCGGUCGUCACGGUUACCUGGUCCUCCUCACGCUCAGUUUUUUUGUGUGUGUGUGUGUGUCACACACACUGUCGGUUUUACGCGUUGUCCCGGUAACAGCAUUUUUAUCUUCAAAUGUUAAUUAAGUGCCUGCCUGAUGCUUGCAGCUUAUUUGCAGCGACAAUCGCUUUUUUUUUUUUACUGUGACUUUUAAAAGACGAGAGCUUUUAUUUCUAUUUCAGAUUUGGCAGUGAAAGGCCAUUAUUUCCUAAUAAAUGUUACCACUUUUUA